AUGACGUGGUUCUCGCCAUGUCCGUGGGGCCACGAAGACGGCUUUUCAUGGUCAAGGAGGCUCCUCCAGGGCACUGCGAUCGGUCGCUGGAUGGUGAAGCAAUUCUGGGGCGGCCUGCAGCAAGAUGUCAUCACACUCAAUGGCUACGACACCCAUCCCGAGACAGCAAAACUUAAGCCUUGGAACGACGCAUUCUGGAUCGGAAGCGGCUUGUCAAUUCACAACUACGACACCAACGUGUUCGAAAUGGUUAAGAAAGGCCAGAUCCGCGUUCACGUCGCAGACGUCGACCACCUGACCGAGCAGAGCGUUCACCUCGACAACGGCGAGGUUUUCCCAGCAGAAGUCAUCGUCACCGCCACCGGCUGGAAGAAAGAGCCCUCCAUCAAGUUCGUCAACUUCGGCAGCGCCGGCAUCGGCCUCCCGCACAGUCCCUCGGCACAGCAACAACUCGCCACAGAGGCCGACUCCGAGCUCCUCUCCCGCUUCCCCAUCCUCGCAACACAGCCCACCCUGAACUUCAAGCCUCCCAACGACCCCUUCCGCCUCUACCGCUUCAUGGUGCCACCCACGCGCAUCAGCGACCGCAACAUCGCCUUCGCCGGCAUGGUCAGCAGCGUCAGCACCUCUAUCUGCGCCACCGCACAAGCUCUCUGGAUCUCAGCCUUCUUCGACGGUAAACUCGACCGGCUGGUCAGGACUGACGAGGAGGUGACCAAGGAAGUCAUGCUGCAUACCUCGUGGGGCAAAUGGUGCCAACCCACCGGCUACGGCGCGAGUCUGCCGGACUUUGUCUUCGAUGCCAUCCCCUACACCGACCUCAUGCUGCGAGAUUUGGGAUUGAAGGUCAACAGGAAGCCGAGCUGGUGGAAGGAGAUUACGGAGCCGUACGGCCCGGAGGAUUACGUGGGGUUGGUGUCGGAAUGGUCGGCUUCGCAUAGGCGGUGA